AUGGCAACAGUUGAGGAAUUAGAAAAGAAUGCAGAUAAUUGUGCUAUUUGUUGGGAAAAAAUGGAUGCUGCUCGAAAAUUACCAUGUGGUCACCUCUUUCACAAUGCUUGUUUGAGAUCAUCAUUAGAACAAGAUACAGCCUGUCCAACAUGUCGAAUGUCUUUGGGUGAUGAUCAGCCUCAUGGUAGAGAUGGUGCUAUACCACUACCAAACCCUAACCCAAAUAAUGAAAAUCAAGCACAAAAUCAAGCUAAUAAUCAAGCAUUGGUCAACCACUUCUUUCAUUUUGAUGAAUUAAAGAUUUUGAACUAUCCACAAUGGUAUGAUUCAUGGUUGGUUGCUAUAAAAAGCUUGUAG